GCCUUCCUGGUUUAUGCUGCUGCCGUCUACGCCAACAUGGGCAACUACAAGUCCUUUGGGGACACCAAAUUUGUCCCCAACCUUCCCAAGGAGAAGCUGAAGCAGUUGGUGUGGAAGAGCCAGGCGUUCAAGGACCACCCGGAAGAGAUGGAGGCCCUGUGGGGACAAUGCGGGGAUCUCAUGUUCUCCUUAGAGCCCACGCAAAAACACCUGGGGCUCUGCGGACAGGGCAUUUCUACUUAUUUCUCUUCAAAUUGCAGUAUGGAAGAUGCCAAGCGAGCCCAGGACUUUUUGGACUCUCAGAACAUCAGUGCUUACAACACGAGGCUCUUUAAGAAAGAAGUCGACGGGAAAGUGAGCUACGAAGUCCGCCUGGCUUCGGUGUGUUCGGAUGAUUCCCAGCUCGAUGCCGAUUUGGCCGCCAAGAUGAAAUGCUUCCCGUUUGGCGACUGCGAGUUCUCCAUGACGCUCGGCGACUAUGCCCCGCUUCUGCAGAAAGUGGUGGAGAAUCUACAGAAAGCUCAGCAACACGCGGCCAACGCCACCCAGGCGGAAAUGCUGACCCACUACAUCACCAGCUUCACCCAGGGCUCCAUUGUGGCCCACAAGGAGGGCUCCCGCUGCUGGAUCCAAGACAAGGGCCCCAUCGUGGAGAGUUAUAUCGGGUUCAUUGAAAGCUACCGAGAUCCCUACGGCUCCCGGGGGGAAUUUGAAGGGUUCGUGGCCAUUGUGAACAAGGCCAUGAGUGCCAAGUUUGCCCGCUUGGUGUCCGCGGCCGAGCGCCUGCUGGAGGAGCUGCCUUGGCCCCGCGCCUUCGAGAAGGAUGCUUUCCUCAAGCCGGACUUCACUUCCCUUGACGUCCUCACCUUCUCCGGCAGCGGCAUUCCGGCCGGCAUCAACAUCCCAAAUUAUGACGACAUCCGUCAAACGGACGGCUUCAAGAAUGUCUCCCUGGGAAACGUCUUGUCCGUGGCUUAUUCCACGAAGAAGGAGAAGCUGACCUUCCUUGCCGAAGAGGACAAAGACCUGUACAUCAAAUGGAAAGGCCCCUCUUUCGAGGUGCAAGUGGGCCUCCACGAACUCCUGGGCCACGGCAGUGGGAAGCUGUUUGUCCAGGAUGACUCGGGGGCCUUCAACUUUGACCGGGAAGCAGUAAUUAACCCAGAAACAGGGGAACAGACUCCGCAGGUCGGUCGGGAUGGGAAGGAUAAGGCAGGGAAGUCGGGGGCCACCGAGGUGGAGGGGGAGAGGGUCAGGAAUGUGCUCCGAGAUUAG